CUUCUUCUCGCUAACAAAGCUUGUCGCUGACACCAAACUGACACAACACUAACAUCUUUGGCUCUUUCUCUCUCCUGCACCGUCUUGCCUCUCUAUCUCUCUCCCUCUUUCUUCCUAAACGCCCGGCUCUUGUAUUAAUCAAUACUCUUCAUCAACAGCUUCCUUUCUCUGCAAUUUUUUUCAGAAAACCUAACUUCAUUUAUCCGAUCCGUUUGCUCUAAUUUUCCUUUUUUUUUUCUUCUAAAUACGUUUAAAUCAAAUUUAUGCAUGUAAAUGGCUUCAAUCUCUUCUAGUCCUCGCACUGUAGAAGAGAUCUUUAAAGACUAUAGCGCACGCCGUUCUGGUCUUGUUCGGGCUCUUACUUACGAUGUGGAUGAAUUCUACUCUCAAUGCGAUCCAGAAAAGGAAAAUCUUUGUUUGUAUGGUCACCCAAAUGAGUCAUGGGAGGUGAAUCUGCCAGCAGAGGAAGUUCCACCCGAGCUCCCAGAGCCAGCAUUGGGCAUCAAUUUUGCAAGAGAUGGGAUGCUUCGCAAAGAUUGGCUUUCACUUGUUGCAGUGCAUAGUGACUCUUGGUUGCUUUCUGUAGCAUUCUACUUUGGUGCUCGUCUGAACCGCAAUGAAAGGAAGCGUCUGUUUAGCCUAAUAAAUGACUUGCCCACCCUCUUUGAGGUUGUUACUGGAAGGAAGCCAGUAAAAGAUAAACCCAGCAUAGAUAGUGGAAGCAAAUCCAGGAACAGCACAAAGAGAACAAUAGAUGGCCAAGUAAGAAAUACAAAGUUACUUGAUGAAAGUUAUGCAGAAGAUGAAGAUGAGCAUGGUGAGACCCUUUGUGGGAGUUGUGGAGGGACUUACAGUGCUGACGAGUUUUGGAUCGGUUGCGAUGUAUGUGAAAGGUGGUACCAUGGAAAAUGUGUGAAGAUAACCCCAGCCAAGGCCGAAAUGAUCAAGCAGUACAAAUGCCCCUCUUGCAGCACAAAGAAGAGUAGGCAGUGACAGCUGAUAAGUAUAAAAAGCUUUGGGGAGGGGGAUUAACCUCAUUGUUUUGAACACUGAUGUUAUCUAUAAUCACCUGAUAAUUGAAUCUUUUUUUUUUUAGAUCAUCUCCUUCCUGGGGGAUGAAUGGGGCUUCUCUUGGCUUCUUGGUGAUAGUGUUUAAUUGGGGAAAGAUUUUUUUUUUUUUUAGUAGUCAUUUUGAACUUUGGGUCUUCACACUUUAAUUUGUAUGCCGUAAAUUUUCUUCAAUGAUAGUUCUAUAUCUAAGCAUGAAAUGAUCAAUGUAAUUCUUCUAGUUUGAGCAGUUA